UAAGGUCCGUGCUUCACUUCGCCUCGCCUGUGAUUUCUUCCUUCCUUCUUCUACUUUCCAUCCUCUUUGGCAACGCUGCACAGCUACCAACACGCGUGGGAAGAGUUCUAGAGAUGCUGUGAUCGUGGACUUCGUUUGGUUCUCGGAUCGUCCUCCCCACACCUCCUCAUCCAUUCUUCUGCAAUACUUCCGUCCACGUCCCCACCCUUGCCUCACGCUGCUCUAAUAUGCCACUGUGAUGUGACCGACUGCAUGAGGACUUCCAUUAACGGGCUUCAUUGUUGCAACCGCUACUACAAUAGUUUUAGAUUGUCAAAAUAAAGUAGACUGAUGUGGACCAUGUGUUCAAGUUGCUCGAUCAGAAUUCUUCAAACAAAUUAUUUCGCGCCGCGGUAGUUUCGCACCGUUGGCCGUCGCAACUCGCAGCCUCACCCCUCACAGGCUUGCGGUGCUGCGCGCUUGCGCCGCCGACCCCUCCGACUACGAGCUCGUCCCCCGCCGUCGCUCGCGUGUCGCGGAUUCGCUGUGUCGGGUGACCGGGUCGACCUCCUCCUCCUCACAUCUUCCAUUGACCGCCUCCGAACUCCGUCAUCCGCAACCGCAAGCGGAGACAUAUCAAGUUGUUUGGUGAUAAUGGAUCCAAAGCAUUCGGCUGAAGUGUCCAAGCAUUUAGACAAGCAAAAUCAAGCACUAAUGGAAACAUAUGGAGCAAUGUCCCAUGAGUUGCAUAAACUGCAGGUAGAAGAAGAGACAAUCAUGCGCAAGUUGUAUGAACUGAUGUCCGCGGAAGGGCUUCUUCCAAAGCGCAAGAAAGAAAAGCAACAUGGGGAAAAUAUAGUGGCUUCAACUGAGAGCAAAGAACAGGAACCAUAAAUUCUUAUGCGACGUGUAAUGUGAUAUGACAGCAAUGCCAUUUUAUCUGGAGAGUUGGUGCUUGUUAACUUCUGUAUAGCAGUUCUCUAUCAUCACAACUCUGCGACCACUACAUUUAACUUCACAGUUGAAAAUUUAACCUGAGUAUGAGUUCCGUGAGGAAUUACUUACAGACAAACAUAAUCAUUCCUUUUGCUCAUAUGCUUCAACUGAGGUUUUAUAUUUUGUUU